AUGUUGGGGUUCUGCAGUUCCCCGCACCGGGCGCCGCCCCUCCAUAGCCAACGGCUGCCAAGCGCGGGCCCAGCCACCCCCGCCGCCAGGGGGCGUCCGCGGGAUCCCGGCGGGAGCGCGCGCCACGUGGUCCGGAAACGCGCUGGGCGUCGGCGUGGCGGCGAGGCCCCGCGAGCUCGGCGGGGUGCUGCGGGAGGUGAGGGCCGUGAGGGCCGUGAGGGGGCCUCGUGGGGCUGCGAGGGGCGAGGUGGGAGGCACGGACGGUGCGGACACGGGGCACGGAGCGGCUGGCCUGCGCUGCCCUCCCCCGCCAGAGGCGUCAUGUUGCCUGGGCCGCCUCGGCGGUGGGACGCGGGCAAAGAGCAGGCGCUCGAGGAACAUGGCUCCUCGGCUGGCAGUGACCCCGGGGAGACCUCGACCUUUGGAGAGGAAGCCCUGGAGGAGCCAGGAACCCCCCCGCAGGACAGCCCGCAGCCCCGGUCCCGAAGGCCCUCCUGGACCCGGAGAGAGCUGCUGCUGUCCCGGCCUCCCCCAGGCCUGGCUGUGGAUCAUUCCCCGGGAACCCCAGUAGCCCUUUCCCCUCAGAUGGCCUGGGAGGUGGCCCCCUCAAGGAUGACCGUGUUAGCACCAUGGGAUCCCAACGACAAGGCUAAAGCGGGACCCCGGCUGGUGUGGUGUUCUGUCAUGCUCCCUUCACAGGGGCCCAGCUGUGCACCUGGCACCUCCUUCUCAGGCCGGACCUUGUGUCAUCCCUCCUUGUGGCCACUGUAUGAGGCAGCCUCAGGCCGGGACCUCAGGUCCCUGGCCCCUGCAACAGGACAUCAGAAUGGAGAGCAUGAGCCCAGGGAUGCAGGGUUCCCAGUGAUGUGCUGUGAAGAUGUCUUUGUUUCAGACCCUCUGCUGCCAUGUGGGCAGCGUAUUCCCCUGUAUCUGUCUGAGGCCUCUCAACAGGUGAUGGGCUCUCUGAAGCUGCUGCUCCCACCUCCUAUCAUGUCUCCCUGGAUCCUCCGCACCCCAUCCCCUGGCUGCCCUACUGCCUGGCUCAGUGGGCCUGAGCUCAUCGCCCUGACUGGCCUCCUGCAGAUGAGCCAGGGGCCUCCUAGACCUGUGGCUUUGGAGGCUCCCACGCCCCCUGCUGGCCCCCCAGACCCUGUAUCUGAUCACCCAGACCCCAGUGGUGGCCCCAGCUGUUCUCACUGCACUGACCCAUCUGCCCCUCAAACCCCAGACACACAUUGAACAUACUCCUUCUGGGUGCAGAAUGGGUCCCCUACUCCCCUAGACAGCUUCUGUUGACAAUAAAAGUGUUGGUUUGCAAA